AGAAAUUGGACUUUGAUCUAUUCUAAGCGCUGCGCUGAGUCCUUCGCAUUUUUAGCUCUUUGUUUUGUUCCCUCGAGCCCUGCAUCUUUAUUCCCCACCAACGGCUGGCUCACUAUCGUGUUUCUUUGUCUGGUUGGCGCGCUUCACUUGUCAUAUACCUUCUACCCAUCAAGAGAUGGCCCGACAUCCUCCCCCCGACCGAACUUCAACUCAGGCAUUUUCACCUGAGCCAUCUUCCGAUAAGGAAAAUAAUCCAACGGCACCCGGUAAUAGCAAACGUGUUCAGAUCCAAGCCAUGGCCAGCAGCGCUAGAAAGCGACAACGAGGAUCCACCCGGGGCACCAACACACAGGGAAGCCAAUCUCAGGGAACUCGAUCACAGCAGUUCCGCAACAAGGACUAUUACGACCCCGACCAAGAUGAAGCCGAACGACGGAGGAUCAGAAAGGGUCUGAGAGACCUGACGCGGGACCUAAACGACUCGCGCAGUGAAUUCCUGCAAGCCGGUAACAGCGGUAUCCGGUCCACGAUCGAGAAGGCGAACGAGUUGUUCCAAGGUGUCAAGCAAACCUCGGAUGCAACCAUCGACUCCCGCCUACUGGUCAGCGCGGCGGACCUGGGAUACAAGAAGACGGCACAACUAGUUCUGGGCGACGCCAGUGCAGGCAUCGACGUCGACGAAUUCGUCUCCAAGUGUAUCACCUUCAUGCGGCAGGGCCCCACCGACUCCGAGAGCGUGAUCCCGAGCAGCACACAACGUCGUCGCGCCGCUCGACCCACGGAUGAUGACGGCGAGGAUGACGGAGAUGCCUUAAACUGGGACUGGCUAGGACGGGCUGCGUCCUUCUGCAGCAAUUCCCGCCCGUCAGUCCCCGGAUUCCUCCUGGGCCCGCUCUCGGUGCAGAAACGAACCCGUCAGCAGGCCGUGAGGAGGGUCAGGGAACGAAUAGAUCCCAGCCGGGCGGUGGCUCCGCAAGAUCUCCAAGACAAGGAUCUCGAUAGGCAGGAAACCUUUAAUCUGACUACAAUGUGUGGCAAUAUCAACCAGCUACUGGCGAAGACGCAGAACAACGGCCAAGAUACGGUCGAGCGACAGCUGUCGCAACUCCAAGCGGACCCCUCUGAGGAGCUGCUGCAGCAGGUGAUGGCGGAAAACAACGUGGCUGAUGACGGUGGUGUUCCGUUGUUUCGGUUCUGCAUCAAUCCACGAUCCUUUGGCCAGAGCGUGGAGAACCUGUUUUACGUGAGUUUCUUGGUUCGUGAUGGCUUGAUCGGUAUCUCAGUCGAUAGUAGAGGAUUACCUACAUUACAUGCUGCCAAGCCGCAUGUGCCCAGUGAAGCUCAGAAGAAGGGAGUCCAGAAGCACCAAGCCAUCUUUACACUCGACUUUGAGACUUGGCAGGAUUUGAUUGAGGCCUAUGCGAUCGACGAGUGUAUCAUUCCUCAUCGGGCGGAAGAAGCGCAGCCGACCGCGCAGACCUGGCGGUGAUCAUUUUGCAAUGCGAAGGUCGGGCCAACUGGCUGUGAUGAUCGUUGCUUAUCUAUGAAUCAGGCGUAUGGUUGCGUUGCUUACGGAUGUGGAUACCCAUUUGUGUUGAAAGGUGUUUUGGCCUCAAGUUUGACAUCAUGUACAGUCGGCGAAUUCCCUU